AUGGAUUCUACUACUAGUAGAAGUAGAGAUUGUGGAGACAAGGCCAGUGAUUAUGCACCGGCGGAGGCUUCCACCCCGACGACAGCAUGUACUUCCACCCCUAGAGCCCCAUCUAGGGCUGCAUCUAGACCAGCAUCUAGAGCAGCUACUUCCUAUGCAUCCAGUCGACUCCCAGUAGAUAUAGAAGGAGAAGAUGAAGAUAUGUUCAAUGAAGAGGAGGAGAUGGCAGAUGUGCCCAUUGAGCAAGAUCGACCACCACGGCCUUCUAAAAAACGGUCGUGGACAUGGGAACAUUUCACUAAAAUUCCUGGUGAUAAUGUGAACCCUCAAGCAAGAUGUAACCACUGUGGGCAACUUUGUGGUUGCCAUUCGAAGAAACAAGGCACCAGUGUAUUGAUAGCACAUCUUACCGGUUGCCAGCGGUAUAAGAUUGCGAAGGGAUUGGCGGCCACUGGCACUGAUCAAACCAAGCUGAGUUACGAAACUCAAAUGGCAACUGAUGCUGGCGGAUCACAUGUUAAGAAGCUUAUAAUCCCUCAAUAUAGUGAGAAGAUGUUGCAGAAUUUACUUGCAGAGAUGAUCAUUACUGAUGAGAUGCCUUUUACCACAGUUGACAAGAAAGGCUUCAACAAAUUUGUGCACUGUCUUGAGCCACGUUUUCCCAUGCCUUCACGGUAUACAGUUAUGCGUGAUUGUUUAAAGAGACAUUUGAAGGAGAAGACGGAAAUGAAAGAGAUGUUUUCUCGGACUGGUCAGAGAGUGUCAUUCACCACUGAUACAUGGACGUCCAUACAAAAUGUGGGCUACAUGUGUAUCACAGCCCACUUUAUUGACAGUGAGUGGACACUGCACAAACGGAUAAUUGGAUUUAAAGAGAUAGUUGAUCACAAGGGUGCAUCCAUUGGUGCAAUGAUGGAUGAUUGUAUUCAAGACUGGGGAAUUAAAAAAGUCCUUUGUAUCACAGUUGACAAUGCUAGUGCCAAUGAUACUGCAAUUGAGUGGUUUAAGAGAAAUAUAACGGUAAAAGAAGAUAUCAUUCGUGGACACGAGUUUAUACAUGUCCGAUGUUGUGCUCAUAUCAUCAACCUCAUUGUUUCAGAGGGGUUGAAGGAGGUUGAUGAUUCAAUUACCAAAGUGCGCAACAUUGUGAGAUAUGUGAGGGCUUCCCCCCAAAGGCUUAGCAAGUUUAAGGCGAUAGCAGAACAACUUCAGAUUCCAUGUUCCGCUAUGUUGUGCUUGGACGUUCCGACUCGAUGGAACUCCACAUAUAUGAUGUUGGCGGUGGCGCAGAAGUACGAAAGGGCAUUCCAGCGAAUGGAGGUCGAGGAUGGGGGUCUGAGGUAUGCUUUGAUGGAGUCUACUGGGGGGAGAAGGGGACUCGGUGCGCCGGAUGCAGUUGAUUGGGAUCGUGUGAAGUGUUUUGUUGAUUUUUUGAAGUUAUUUUAUGAUACAACUAUGCAGAUAUCUGGAUCCAAAUAUUGUACUGCGAACUUGUACUUCGACGAGCUUUCGAGGAUUCAUGAUCACUUGCAACAGAAUUAUGAGAAGGCUGAAGAGUUUAUUCGAGAGCUGAGAAAGGAUAUUGAUGACUUAUAUGGUCACUACAACAAUAAUAGUCAUCCUACUCCAGCCAGUGCGAUAUCAUCAAAGGCGUGCAUCGAGGAAUAUUAUGCAGUGUAG